UAAUACAUAAUAAAUAAUAUUUAAAAAUGUAUUACACUUCGAAUAAUACGUCAGUGUAUUGUAUUUUUCGUAUACAUCGAGGCAUAAUUAUUGUUGUUAUUUAUUAUACACACACUUACGCACUUAUAAGAUUAUACUAAUGUUAUUGUUGUUGUCAUUAUCGUUGUGUACUCCACCGGCGACUUAUGCCCCCUUCCCUUUAAACCCACUGGUUGCCGCGGUUACGGUUUGUUGUCAUCUUCAACACGGCGUCGUCGACAUCACCGCCGCGAAACCGUAGACCGCGAGACUCGUCAACGCAAAUAUUAAUUUUUCUUUUGUAGCCAUAAGUGUUAUUUAUAUUUUUUUUCACCACCACCCCCCUCACCACUAACAACUUUCGUGAAAAUAAAAACAAGAUAGGUAAGCGGCGGACAAAAAAAUCAUCAUGUUUUGACGGCCCGUGGUUAUGGGCAACGUAUUGCGGUUUAAAUGUGUCGACUGUGCGAACGCAGACCAACUACAACGCAGAAAAAUUACCAUACUUUUGGUUGGUUUGGACAACGCUGGAAAAACGUGUACAGUUAAAAGUAUUAUGAAAGAAAAACAGAAAAAUGUUCUUCCGACUGUUGGAUUUUCGUCUUCCAAAUUUAACUAUCACGACAAUGCAAUUACUAUUUACGAUUUAGGUGGACACAAACAGAUUAGGGAUAUAUGGAAACAAUACUUCGUUGAUGUACAUGGUGUAAUGUUUGUGGUGGAUUCAACAGAUCGUAAGCGGCUAGAUGAAUGCAAAGAGGUAUUCCUAAAUUUACUUGGACACGAAAAUAUUGCUGGAAAACCUGUGUUAUUAUUGGCUAAUAAGCAAGAUAAACCAGGUGCACUUGAUGAAUUGGAUAUUGUAGAUCGACUAAAUGUGGAAGCUGUAGUUAAUACAAACAAGUGCCCUACCCUUGUGGAAACAUGUACUGCUCUCCACAUGGCACCUAUUAGUUAUUGUAGUUCUGCAUUUAUUGAUCCAAGUAUUGAUAACGGAUUUAGUUGGUUAGUGUCACAUAUUGUGAAGUUAUACGAUACACUCAACCGUCGUGUUAUGGAAGACAUGGCUCGGUACAAAGCAGAUGUAGACAGAAAAAUGGAAGAGUGGAAAAAAAAUCAGCAGGCUUCAAACGAUUCAUAUUUAUUAUCUUUUAACGCUCCACACCGAAGGUCUACUAAACGCAAUCCAUUCAGACGUAUUAACAAAGUCAUAGAUAGUUUUGAAUCAAAAGCAUCAAACCCAACUACUGAAAUGGGAAGUACAUCAUACAUUAUACCGCUUAGAAGUGAGUCCGAAGAGGAGGAUGAUACAGAGCCUGAACCACUGCCUGCACCACCUGUAUUUAGAAAUAAAGUUACUCCGAUUCUGGAGGUAUCCCCAACAAAAGAGCAAACAGAACCAAUGCGAUUGGUUCAAUCACGAUCGCCACUUUUCAGAGCCAAGUCCAAAGAAUAUGACAGGAGUUUGUCUGACACCGAAAACCCCAUUGUUCUUUCCACUACUGCGAUGGAAUCAACUGAAACUUUUAUUCAUAAUGAAUCGGGCACAGCAAAAAUAAAACGGUCUCUUUUUAGUAAUAAGUCAAAUUCGGCGAGUGUUAGUGGUAGUGGUGAAAGGCGACCAGUAAAACCUAAUCGAUCAAUUAGCGCGAAGUCAUUGAAAAGAAGCGUUGCAUCCUCCCAUGAUUCGGUGGAUGAGAAAAAAAACCAAGAGCAAUCGAAAAAGUCACAUCCAAAUGAUGAAAACGAUGUGGUGGUCCAACAACCGGAUACUUUAAGUAGUCCAGAAAUUAUAAGCCAUAUGUGAUUAUUAAUAAAAACAAAAAUAUUUUCUACGAGCCGCUAUAAAUAAAUUGCUAUAUGAGUAUACUUUUAGUAAAUCAUUAUUAUAUAAUACGUUUGUUUGGAAUAUAACUGUUGUCAAUUUUCAAGCAAAUUUGAAAUGACGAACCAUCGUUAAACUGGUAUACCAUUACAUAUGAGACAGCAUUUUAAAUAAAAAGUGAAAACAAUAAGAAUAGAGUAUAAAUUGUUCAGAAAAUAAUCAAAAACCA